AUGGUCAUUAAAGUUCAUGCUGUAAAUAAUGUUUCUCUCUUUUUAGGAUUCUUAUUGUCAGGCCAAACUGAUAUGCUGCAGUGUUUCUACUUGAAAUCGAGACAAAGUAAACAUUUAUUCAGAAACUUUACCUGUAAUUGUCUAAAUGUCCCAGAGACAAACUUUUUACGUUACAGAGAUAGGAUUGUUAUUGUUGUUGUUGCUAUUGCUGUUGCUAUUUCUGCUGCUGCUUGUUUGCUUGAUUUUAUCAGAUCUUUGGAGAGUGUUUGGCUCUUUGAGACCUCUAGACAAUUACAGACAUUUUCCAAUUUGACUAAAUCCCAAGGUAACCAAUCUUUAAAAGCACAUCUAUAUUUUGUAAACAGUAUAUAUAUAAUUCCAGUCGAUAAAUCCUAUAUGCCCAUCCAGGAGAGUCCAUCGGUGCUCCACAUCUUGUUCUUGUGCUUCAAAAUCUGCUUACGAAGUUGGGGACAUCUCACUUAUACGACAUCCGGUGGAUCAGCACAACACCGAGAUGAAGGACGACUAAGCAUCAAAAAAAGAAGUUGGCUCAAUGCCUUGAAACCCUCGGCCUCGUACUCAGAAUCCUGGACACCACCAGAGCUCAGUCAGGGUCCCGAAGGUUAA